GUUAAAAUAUAUCAACGAAUGAAUGGUUUGGAUAUGCAACCCUUUAUACCUAUGUACCUACAGUACAGACACACCACGUCUCGUACUCGUAUAUGGUAUAGUUUCACAUUGUACGGUGUAUUGUGUACAGUAUGCCUUCUGUGUUAUAAGUGAAAACGCUUCGAAGACCCUUUGAAGUACAUAAUUUACCCCGCGCUCUGGUUUCUCUAUAUUUUAGGGUGAGUUGGAAAGUUUUUGGGGUGGGAGAGAACGGCGAAAAACUAAUUUCUACUUGAUUCGCGUUUCGCGUAACCCGUCACACAUCGUUAUUCGCUUUCGACAUUUGUGGUGUGAUUGAACGCGCGUUCUUUUCUCAGCGGAUGUGAAAUUUUUCCAACACAUAUUCAAUGAGAUGGUUAAUCGGAUUCAAUGGUGUGGUGUAUUUGAACUGAUACAGAUUGACUUUUGGUAGUUUCGAAGAGGAAUAUCCUCUUGGUCCAUGGAACAUCACGUAGUAUUCGAGUCGAAGUUCAGCACCGGGACUAAAUUGCUGCUUAUGAGCAAUUUGAAUUUCGUACGAGAUCACCUGAAAUGAAGAACAUCAAUUUCCCGCUGGAUUACCGGCUAUAAACUGAAAAAGAUCUUGAAUAUGAUGCUGAUACGUUGGAAAAUCAAAUUAAUUAUUUUUUCCAUCGUCUGUACAAUGUGCCACGCUAUCGAAAUUCGUGUACCAGUCAAUUACACCGCUUUAACGGGAGAUUUGGAGAUUCACGUACAAGAUUUGACACCGCAAGAGGACCCUUAUUAUGUGCAACUACUCGAGUACUACCCGUUGGAUAAUUCGUUCACUAUAAUCAGUUCGACACCGUUGGUUUUGGAUAAUGCUACGACUCUCGUGUACAAGGCGAAGUUCCCUUGUGGGGUGAUCUCGCAAGGGGGCAGAUACGGCGUUAGAAUACAGUCGGAUUUUAAUUCCGAUAUUAACGAGGUGCUAGUGACGGUUUCCGAUGAUAUCACCAUACGUAAUAUGUCUUCGUACGAUUUGGGCAAAGCUAAGACCGAGAAGAUGAGGGAUUUCAUAAUGCAACUAGACGUAAGAUGGCCCAUGGUUAGCUUGAGUAUCGAACCGCAAGAAAUCGAGACUUACCCGGAUAUUAAUGUAACCGCCUCGGUCAUGUUUCAAGCAUCGUAUUGCGAACCUGCCAUCGGAUCUUUGGUACCGGAGACCUGGAUUAGUUUAAUUUAUUGCGGUCAUUCUCCUUCCGAAUGUAAAUUGGAUAACGUCUCGCAUCUGUCGCAGAUUUUAUACUCGGAGCAAAUCAGAGGAUAUCCGAGGCUGAGAGAUAUAAGUUUAAGAUGUCAAUUAUUUGGCCAAGCGGGAUAUUACACCUUGUAUCUGACUAGUGGCAUGCAUGCUACCGGAUCUGUCGUUGCUACUAUUCCAGUCGAAGGCUUGCUGAAAACAAAAUGGAGUGAAAAAUUCGUGUUCAAUGUGCAUACUCGCAGUAUUUUCCAAUGCGACGCUCACAACGGAGGAGUAGCGGUUCUAUUCCAAUAUCCGAAUUGUAUUUUACCAAAUGAUAAAAUAAGAUUAUUCGGUAGUUUAAGAGCAGAUGUUGCCUCUCUGCUGCCUCCCACCACUCUGCACUAUAUCACCGAGCAUCGAGUAGUAAAAGGAAAAUAUAGUUUGCAUUUCGAUUGCGAAUUGUUCAGCGAAAAAUACGUCGAAUAUUGUUUCGUAUAUGUAAAUCAAGCGAUUACCGGAGCUGUUACCGAUGUGCGAAUGGACUGCGUACCCACCUACCCCAUCUCCGAAGCUGGCCAGUGGGGUAGCUGGAGUGAAUGGAGUGAAUGCUCGAGUACGUGUAAAGGAGGCACUCGUAACAGAUACAGAUUUUGCGAUUCACCGUCUCCAAAAUAUGGUGCUAAAUAUUGCGAAGGUCAUACAGUGGAAACUGAAGUGUGUGGUAAUGCUACAUCUUGGGAAUGUCAACUUUACGAUGUCCAAGUGACUCCUGAGCUGUUGGCUGAGAAACCUGAAAUUCAAGAGGUGGUGGGAGAGAAGUGCAGAUGCGGUUGUAUUAUUCAUUUGGAUGUGACAAUGCCUCAGAGGUUUUUGGCAGCGUCGAUGAGAAACUGUUCGAAAAAAGCUUGGUGGAAAAUUCAAGCGGAUCCAGAUCACACAGUUCAGUUAUACAUGAAUCGAGUACAUUUCCCAUGUGCAACUCAAAAACUCAAAAUCCACGAUGGAGAAUUCCUCUCGUCGAAUUUACUGGCACAAUUCACUUCGACAGAUACAGUAACCAUGACCAAUUUCUCAGUUAUGUCUUCCGGUUCGGUGCUAUUGCUCGAGUACACAAUCUCAGAUAAUUUAAAUAAUGCAGAAUGCACAGGAGGUUUCGUUUGUCAUUUUAGACAAAAAGCUGCAAUGACUUCCAAUAUCAGUCACGUGUAUGCUGAAAGUAUGAGCGGAGAGAUGCCUGUUGAAGCAGUCCAUGUGGCUAUUCUCGUUAUGUUAAUUAUUGUAGUAACCAUGUCUCUUUGUAUGACGAUUCAAUACGUCGAUCGAUAUCAUAAAUAUCAAAGAACUGCCGUCACUGAUGACGUAACCGAUACCGAAUGCUCUGAAACUUUUUCUCGACGAAAUUUCGCCGCCGUAAUCAGCCAUGAAACUUCGACGUCGACAUUGAUAUCGGAAAUUAUUCCGUUGAGGAAAUUAUGCCGUGAAAAUAAAGCUCUUCAGACCAACGACUACGGACAAGAUUUUGAUAGCACUUCUCAAUCUGAAAAUGAUGAUGAAGUUGUGAAAGUUCGAAUUGUACCUGAAGACGUGGUAACGUCGAAAGAAAGUAUUGAGCAGAAUUCAAAGAUAUGUGUAUUUAAAGCUGAGAUUCAUGCUGAAAAUAAACCCGAUGAGGUUAAUGGAAGUGUUAAAUCUGUGAGUAUCGACGAACUAUCUUCAUCAGGUCCAGUCAGUGCUCUGAAUACCAGUCGAACAAAUAUCUCAGAACGAAGACCUAGCGCUUGCACUCAUAUCAGCGCAUCCUCCAGCAUCUCUCCAACUUUAUCAUCGCAUACAAACGUGAUCUCUUCAGCCACCUCUAGUCUCCGAGGCUCAACCCUGAAACGCGUCAAAGACAUUAAAAACCAAGAAAAAGCCAUGAUAGGUUCAGAUUUCAGCCUAACAGGACAAGACACCGAUCUCGAAAUGGACUACUACGACUACAACGUACAAAAUACCAGCGCCGUACCGGGCUCGUACCUCGGCAUGGAUCCCGCUUACUGCGUAUGGAUCCCUCCAUUCGCCCCAGGCCAAUGGAUAGAUAACGGUAGCGACGACGAAGACUCAUCUUCCACUAACGAUAUCGAAAUGAAAGUCAUGAGUCGCAGAUGCUCGAGAAAAAUCUCAGAAACUAGCGAUAGCGAGUCGAGGAGCGAAACACCUACUGAAAAGUUUCAACGCGAAUGUAAAAUCCACUCUAAAGAAAAAAUCAAGAGAUUUUCGGGUCUGAGUACGACUUCGAGCAGUAAUAGGACAGUUGUACCCGAAGAUAUGACUCCUGACGAUGAUCUAACCAUACAAGAUGCUUUACAGCCCGAUACACCUAAACGAAUUCAACAAGCUGUGGUAAUCAAAGAAGGCGAAUUGGAGAAAAAAGCUCUACUCGAAAAGGAUGAUAUUAAAUUCGCCGAUGAUGACGAGGAUUCCGAUACUGCUUAUAAUUCCGAAGACGAUGAAAUGAAAAAAUUAAAGAAAUCUACCAACAGGCAUAUAAAAUCUGUAGCUUUGAAUGGUUCUUAAUGUUGAAAGGAGCAGGCAUCUGGAUUCCUUUUUUUUUUAAAAAAAAAGCAGUAUAGACAUUUUUUUCGAUAAAAUCAGUUCGACACUGCCACACAAAGCAAUUUAACAUGAAAUAAUAAUAGAUUUUUCAAUGUAAAAGUUUAUAGCUAUCUGGCCUUUACCUGUCAUUUUCUUUUCGAGCUUCUUUAAUCAUCUCGGAAUCAUCGUUCAUCAAUUUUUAAUUUUUAAUUGCCUUCAAAUUUAAAAUUACCCGAGUCAAAUGAACCGUGAAAAUGUUAAAAAAAAAAAAGAAUUACAGACUGUAGGCAAUAGAUUUUUUAUAAAAAUUUACAUAUCAAAAGGGUCCUAAUUUCGCUGAAAUUUCAUUCAAAGUAAUUUCACCAUCAUCCUCGUCAUUACAUUUUAAUCGUGGUCGUGGUUGUAAAAAUAUACCUAUAUAAAACCAUCCUGUAAAAUAAAUUGAGUCCAUAUCGUAAUAAAAUCCAACAUAUCGAGCCGUUUCCAAAUAAUACGUAAAUGUAGUUACCUCUCUUAAUACUGUUGUAAAUUAUCGGAGACAUAUUGAAUUUGCAUAUCACCGAGAAAAAAUUUUCUAGUCUUGAGACGUGAUACUAUGGCAAAUUAAAUGUAAAAUUUAUAUUUGUGCAAUUUGAAAUUCAUCAAGACUGAUGUUCACGUUGUAUAUUUAGCAAAAUGUUUAUUAUUUUUUGUUCGUUUUUAUUAAGUUUGUCAUGUGGUUUUCUUUUUCUAUAUGUAGAUGUCGUAGCUUGUGUAUUGACGAUGGUCCUUAUUUUGAUGUUAGUUUCUAUACUCUUUUUACUCGUGUUUUUUUUUUUUCGUUUCUCUCCUCAAAGUUGUUGGUUUUUAUAAGUAGGUACACGGAAAUUUUUUUGAAUUUGAUUGGAUAGAAAAUUUAUUUAAGAAGGGAAUAUCUUUAAGAGACAUUCUCAGAUUUGAACAAAACGAAGCUAGAUCAAAAAAGCAUGCCCUAUAAAAACAUGAUUGACCAAUAUUUCAGGUGCUGAAGUUCAUUUUUGGAUUUUUGGAAAAUUUUUAAAAAAUGUGAAAAUUGAAAAACUGUUUUAAAAGUAGUAGUAGUAGUAGUAAUAUUUAUUCGAUCUGUUACUUAAGUAACAUUCAGAAAACACAGGUAAAGAGGGGUUUAAACCUCUAAAAAUUAAAUAAAUUAUAUAAAUCUAAAUUUUAGAUCACUUAUAUGAUAUCUACUAAGUCUAUAUGUAUCUACGAUUUUCAAACUUUUUAAAUGAAAAAUGAGGAGCUCAAAAGCAAAGUUAGAGUAAUUCCAUUUUUAAUUUUUUUGGGAAAACGCAAAAAACUGUGCCCAGUCUUCAAAAUUCGGCCCAUUAAGUAAAUUCGUUCAAAUUGGUUUCAUUUUGAAUAUGAGCAUCAUCCAUUACCAAAAACCAAAUUUUUCCCCAUUUUGAAAGUAAUGGGGACGUACAGAGGAAAUAUAAGUUCAUUUACCUACUGUGUUUUACUGCUUUCAAAAAAAAAACGAAUUAUACAUUUUUUUUUUUCGAAAAAAAAUCAGAAAAAGUAAAACACAUUUUUUCAGAAUAAAAAUUUACCUAUUAAAAAAAUCAAAUUUUCAAAGAAGAUGGUGUAACUAAAACAGUCCAAAAAGUGCCCAAAAAGCUUCGGUUUAAGUUAUUAAGUAGGUGCUAUAGGUUCAAGUUCGGUCUUCCCAGAGCGAUUUUAAAUUUUUGGAGAAAUUUGAGAACUCACUAGAGGCUUCAAAAAGGUCAGAUUGAGAUGGUUUUGGAAUUGUGAGAUCAUUCAGACGUACUGAAUGCUAUCUUGUUGAAAAAACUGCUCAAUUUAUAACUCCUUCGAAAAUUUUAUUUUUUUCACUUUUUCUGGAAUUUACAGAUUGGUCAAAAAUUAUUCAUUUUUGAGCCCACAUUCCUAGAAUUUCACAAUGAACACUUAAAACAGUCGAUAGGGUGCCCAAGAAAGACCGAUCAUAGUUAUCCCAGCUAUACUUAGUUCAUUUUUUUUCACUUUUCAGAGCGAUUUGAAAUUUCUGUAAAAAAAUAGAAAAUUGCUGGAUGGUCCAGAAUGAUUCAAAACUAUAGUAAUUUUUUAUGUGCCUAUAGGAAUUUAAUCGAAGGAAUUAUUCACAUCAAGUACCUACCUAGUUCACGUUGCUCAAAAAAUUUAAGAUAUUCCUCAAAACAGCUUUUUAAAAAUUUUCAAGUUUUCAAAAAUUCUCCAAAAAUCAAUAUUAGGAUCUAAAGGUGUCUAAUUUGAUCCAAAUAGCCUUUUUUAAAAACCUGAAUGAUUUUGUAUCCUAAAAUUUUUUUCCAGGAUUGAAUUUUUAUUAGAUUUGUAAAUCCGGGUGUGAUGAAGUUUGGUCCAAAUUUUACUCCAAUUGAAUCUGAACAAAAAAUUGUUGCAUAUAUUUAAUUGGAUUUGAUUGUGGGUGAUCCAAACUGAUCCAGUUCGAUCUAAAAAUUUUCUCUUGUGAGAGUAGGUAUGAUUACCUCAUUUCAAAGCACUUUUACAUUUAAAAGUGACAACAAAUUUUGUACUGGACAUAUAGGAAUUGCUAGAGAAUCCUCAAGUAGACCAUUAGCUAAAGUUUGAGGUGCUGAAAUUCAUUUUUCGAUUUUUGGUGAAUUUUCAAAGGUUCUUUGGGCCAAAAUUGGGGUACCUAAAAAUCAAAAUUUCACCAAAUUAACCUGAAAAGCUGAAAUUUGGUCUGUACACUUUUUUCGACCACCUAUAUCAAUAGAUGAUAAAUUUGAAUCAUUCUAGAGCGUCCAGCAAAUUUUGAUUUCUCCAUUUUUUCAAAAAAAAUCACUGGAGGAAUUGGGUCAAAAUUGGGGUAAAAAUCAAAAUUUCACCAAAUUGACCUGAAAAUCUGAACUUUGGUCUGUACACUUUUUUCGACCACCUAUAUCAAUAGGUGAUAAAUUUGAAUCUUUCUGGAGCGUCCAGCGAAUUUUGAUUUCUCCAUUUUUUCAACAAAAAAAAUCACUGGAGAAAUUGGGUCAAAAUUGUGGUAAAACUCAAAAUUUCACCAAAUUAACCUGAAAAGCUGAAAUAUGGUCUGUACACUUUUUCGACCACCUGUAUUAAUCUGUGACAGUUUCGAAUCAUUCUAAAGUCUCCAGCGAAUUUUGAUUUCAUCAUUUUUCAAAAAAAAAAAAAUCACUGGAGAAAAUCUUGGAUUUGAGUCAGCACAAAGUGAUUUUGAAAAUAGCUGCUUUAAUUGAUCGAAAAGGUCACAACGAAGAUAAAUCAGAUCUUAUAAGUGUUCGAUUCCAUUUUUUUCACCUUUUUUAGAGCAUUUUUUUUUCAAAAACCAGAGAAUCCAAAAAUCCGCUGGGAGCUCCAGAACGUUUUAAAGCCAUCAUAAAUCGACUCGGGAGGUCAAAAAUAGGGUACAAAUUAAAUCUAAAAUUUCUAGGUCGAUUUAGUAAAAUUUUAAUUUUUUCUUAUUUUUAAGCCAAAAGUUUGACUUUUUAAAAAUCUAACAAAAAUCGAAAAAUAAAUUUCAGCACUUGAAAUUUUGGAUUGUGGUGUAUUUUAGGGGUCUUCUCUCGAUUUCCCUCUGUCCAUUCAAAGUUUUUUAUACUCAGAAGUAGGGUACGUACUCUUAGAUGAAAUUCAAAGACUUGACCCCCAAAAAAUCGAUACCAACCUAAUUUCCACUGUUUAUGUUUCAAAGGUUCAAAAAUCAUUUUUUACUCAUUUCAAAAAAAUUUUUAAAAAAAUGCAACCUUGCUCAAGAUUUCUGAAUCUAAAAUUUUUCCUCUAAAAAUAUUAAACAUUUAAUAUUAAGUAAGUCUUUGAAAAAAAAAAAAAAAAAAAAAAAAAAAAACUUCAGCAACAGCAACAACUUUAGGAGAUGAAUUUGAAAAAAAUCAACAAAAAUCUUCAAUAAUAAAAAUAAGGACCAUCCUAACGUGUAUUAUAUUGUAUCUACUUGAUAAAUGUUCCAAACUUUCUAUACUUUUGUUUGUACUAAGAGUAAUAUUUUGGUGUUUUAUAAAUUUAAAAAUGCAUUUGUAACAUAUUUAUGUAUGUUUUUCUUUUCUUUCCUUUUAUUUUUUUGGUUACCCUCCCUUCCUGCAUUUGCAUUAUCUAGUUUAUGUAACGAAACAAAAAAAAACUCUAGUCGUUAAGAAAUAAAUUAUUCUACGUGGUGUA